AUGGAAGCUACGGGGGACGGGGGACCCAGGCUAUGCCCGGGGCUUACUGGUCGCGUCCCCGCCGGAAGGUUUCCGCAAAGCCUGGAAGCGACGGGACCUGGAACAUUGAAGCCAAAAACUUCUUCUCGCUUCGAGCUCAACUUCACGAUCCAUGUCCAGUGUCCACAGAGAAGCCGAGUCGCUGUCUGGACUCUGGACUCUGCAUCCAUCAUUCAACUGCGAGCGCAGCUCUGUGACGAUUUGACCAAGAUCACCAUUUGUCUAUUACCAACCACCAUAAUCACCACCACCCUGCCGCGUGGAAAGUCGGCCGCGAUGGACCGGAAUCAAUGA